AGUGAGGUCUUCCGCCUCGGCCGCCGCGGCUGGGGGUCGGGGUGGGCAGCUCCGCCUCGGGAGCUGGGGGGGGGGAUGCUCUGGUCAGCUUGGGGCCGACUCCAGCACCGCGCGAUUUAAUGCAGCUCUUAAGACUGAAAUAGAUAUAUCUUCAGAAUACGGAAUGAUCUAGAAAAAGAUGGAAGACGUUCAGCUAAUUGCACCCAACAUGACGAGCACUGAAAAAGAGAAACCCAUCUCUAGUGUUAGUCGUCAAAUUUCUGUUAGUGAAUUUUCUUGCCACUGCUGUUAUGAUAUCCUGGUGAAUCCAACCACCUUGAACUGCGGACACAGUUUGUGUCGACAUUGCCUGGCUCUAUGGUGGGUGUCUUCAAAGAAAACAGAAUGUCCAGAAUGUCGAGAGAAAUGGGAAGGUUUUCCAAAAGUAAAUAUUCUGCUAAGAGAUGCCAUUGAAAAGUUAUUUCCUGAUGCCAUCAAAUUGAGAUUAGAAGACAUUCAGCAGAACAGUGAUAUAGUCCAUAGUCUUGCAGCCUUUCAUAAAUAUGGCAAUGAUCAAAUUUCUAUAGCUCCAAAUGCAGGACGAGCAAAUCCUCAAAGAGGAGGGGGAUUUUUUUCUGGAGUAUUGACAGCUUUAACUGGUGUUGCAGUGGUUUUACUUGUGUAUCACUGGAGCAGUAGAGAGUCAGAGCAUGACCUACUUGUUCACAAAUCUGUUGCAAAAUGGACGGCCGAAGAAGUCAUCUUCUGGCUAGAGCAAUUGGGCCCUUGGGCCUCUCUUUAUAGAGAAAGAUUUUUAUCUGAAAGAGUUAAUGGCAGAUUGCUUUUAACAUUGACAGAUGAAGACUUUUCAAAGGCUCCAUAUAACAUAGAGAAUAGUAGCCACAGAAAAGCCAUCAUAAUGGAACUGGAGCGUGUCAAAACUUUAGGAGUAAAGCCCCCACAGAAUCUUUGGGAAUACAAGGCUGUCAAUCCAGGCAAGUCAUUAUUCCUACUGUAUGCCUUGAAGAGCUCCCCAAGACUCAGUAUGUUGUAUCUGUAUUUGUUUGAUUAUGCUGAAACCUUCCUCCCUUUCAUCCAUACAAUAUGUCCUGUGCAAGAAAAAGAAGAUAUCAUCACAAAGUUUUUAGACUUUAAAGAGCCCACUUGGAAGCAGUGGAGAGAAUUCCUUGUUAAAUAUUCUUUUCUUCCAUAUCAAUUAAUUGCUGAAUUUGCUUGGGAUUGGCUGGAUGUGCACUAUUGGACAUCACGGUUUCUUAUUGUUAAUGCCAUGUUGCUCUCUGUUCUGGAGUUAUUUUCUUUUUGGAGGAUUUGGUCAAGAAAUGACUUGAAAACUGUUCCUCACAUAAUGUGGAGCCAUUUUUGGAAAGUAUCAACACAGGGACUUUUUGUAGCCAUUUUUUGGCCUAUUAUUCCUCAGUUUAUUUGCAACUGUUUAUUUUACUGGGCCCUGUACUUUAACCCAAUUAUCAACAUUGAUCUUGUGGUCAAAGAAGUACGCAGACUAGAAACCCAAUUGUUGUGAGUGUUGCUGUUCCAGCUCUGAGUUAAGCUGGUCCAGCAGGUCUGAGCUUUGAAAUUUAAGAGUGGUGGGGGCUGUGAUGGGAGUGAGGGUAAGGGGGGUUGUCCACUUUUCUAUAAAUAGUGAUUAAAAGGAGCUGCUUUUUUUAAAAAGCUACACAAAGUUUUUCUUGGCAUGGGAAACAGGGCCCAUCAUUCCCAAACCAGUAUUGGUUUAUUCAGAUUGUACAGAUAUGUUACUUGCCAUGUACUUUAUCUACCUCACAAAGGUGUUGUGAGGCUCAGUGAAAUGGCCAAUGAAGGACUAUUUAGAGCUCCUCAAAGAAGAUGGGACAUACAUUAAAGUAUCAUGGUAUUAGGUUGUGUAUAUUUGCUUCUCAAUAGGCCUUCUGAAGCCUAGGUUGAUAAGAGCUGCUAAAAUGACAGAAUCUCUUUUGGAGGGCUGAUGAAAUUGUACUAUGCAGGACCUUAUCUUCCAGUGCGCAUAAGUGAACUUUUAGUCAAAUGGCAAGAAACAGCUGCAGACCAGAAGUGUAUUGUGGAAGAUGUAUUGGUGACUUCUUGGGAAGCAUCAUAAUGAAUAUUCUGCAAUUUGCUGAUAUAUUCCCUCCUAGUCAGUUUUAAUUGAUGUUUUGUGUCUUUUUUUUUUUUUUUGAAAAGGGAUAUUGAACAACUUUGAGCAAUUAAUGAAGACUAAUCUUAGCCGUACUUUGCUGUCUCAUUGCUUCCUAAAAAUUCCAAAAAGAAUUGGAUGUGACAAAUUUCAAGAUUGUACUUUUAAAAACCAUUUGAUAAUUGACCUCACCCUAUAUUAUUUGUUUUUGUGGUGUGAUAUCUGUACCAAGAGCUGUGAUUUGUAAAUACGGAAUGGUAUGAACUGCAGCUUUUUGUGUAUGAAAACAACAGGUAUGAAAUAUAUACGAACAGGCUGUACAGCUAUAGAUGAUUUCUAUCCAAAGAGAAGUGUGAUGGCUUCUGGAACUAUUCUUUUGACCCUUUGUAUCGUCUUAGAAGUGAGAUUUCAUAUUUGCAUCUGAAGAUUUCAAAAAGUUACUUUAAACAGAAAUAAAGGGUUUUUUAAAAAGAA